AUGCCACGAAAGGCUGAAGGAAAGUCUAGCAGUUCUGUUACGGCGACCACGGCGAUUCCAGAGCGGAGUCCUGAUGUGAGGUUGAGAAUUUGGGCUUCUCAGAAUUCAACCGAGAUUGUCGACGGUCGCGGCUUGGAGAUUGCAGCGCUGGACGAUGCUGAGAUGUGCAUCUCCAUUGAUGCAAAGUGUCGUUUUCUCGUGCCGAAUCCGAAGCACGGCCAUCUGCCGAAGGGCAAAGCCGAACUCGCUUUGGGACGACUGAUCGACGCUGCGCAGAGCUUUCAUCAGGGCUUGCAACUGGCACCAGAUCAUCAGGAGCUGGAGCUGGGAGCUCGGAGGGAGGAGUGGGUUGUUCAGCCAGGGACCUUCAAGAACGGCUCCUUGGCAGCGGGGGGAGGAAGUCCUGGCUGCCGCAGCAUCCAGGGCAUCCACUGCGCAGACACCUGGGACCUGGUCUUUGCGGCGCGCCUGGGAUUGGAACAUCUCUUCCGGACCCUCGAGGAUCCCCAGAAGACCACCGACGCCUUCGUGGAAAGUAAUGCGGCCGUGCUGGACCAACAGCUUGGCCUAUUGGCUCAGACGUUACACGUGAACACGUCGGUGCUGUUCGAGUCGCCUCGACUUUGCGAUGCUUAUGAACAGAUCGUCCGAGCCUGCUCACAGCUGGUCACUGGCGCGCCUUCGGCCUUUUCGAGGCGUUUGGCGCAUGCCGAGCAGAUCGUUCAAGGGCUGUGCCUGGCCGUGCGGAUUGGAUGGCACGUGCAUCACGGCAUUGUGGCUCCGGUGAAAGAACGAAGGUCCGAAGAGUGGGGCGGCGGAGGAUGGGAGCGACGAAGAAUGAGGAUGGCAGUGACUGAGUGA